AAUACCAUCUUUUUUUUAACGACAUUGUGUUAUCUUUGGUAAUGGCUUGGUUUGUUUGAAGUUUCCCUGGUUACAAACACAGUCCAACCUUUCGGCUACUUUCAGUUAAAAUUUCUGUAUUCCUUCAUUUUUUCGUGGUUAGAAAAUUUAAGGAGAAUCAUGCCUACGCCAGAGAAAACUCCACUACCACCUGUUAAUAGAAAUCGAGGCCCCGGGCCGGCGGCGGUGAUGCUGCCGUCGACUGUGGGCUACGAGGGCCAUGACCCCACCAAGUACCGCGCGCCCAACUACACGAUGCGACCCAAGCCGCCCUUGGUGGACCGGCGAGUGAGGCCCGCGCCCAACCGCUACACCAUCGAGAAGUACUACACGCGCUUCGGCAAGGAUGGCACGCCCCAGUACACGGCGCGCUGGCCGCUCGAGCCGCUCUCGAUGCCGAAGAGCCCGGGCCCAAUGGCGUACCGCGUGGAGGACGUCCCAGUGCUGAAGACAAACCGCGCGCCGCACUACAGCCUCAACGACCGCCAUAAGCAGCGCAGCUUGACGCAGCCACCGGCGCCCAACGCCUACACACUGCCGGUAGUCAUCGGCGAGAAUGUCAUCUACAAGCCCAACGCCCCCUCCUAUUCCCUGUCGCAGUACCCACGCUUCUGGAUCUACCGGCCAUGGCCGGGCCCGGCCGACUACACCGUGGGCGAAGUCAACCUAAUCAGGCCAAAGGCGCCCGCCUACACGAUGCCGGACAAGGUGUACCCGCCCCCUGGCGGGCCUGAAACCCCCGGUCCGGCCAAGUAUCUGCCGCCGCCCAUACGCUGCUGCCAAACCAACGACUUCGGCAUCUCUUUCGGAAUCAAGCACUCACCCUACCUCACGCCGCUUAUCCUGCCCUGCGACAACUAGAUCCGGGCGAAACAUACAAAAGCGAAGGAAACAUUUCCUCGGGUUCCAGGUUAUCAUACUCGUGUUCUUCUCUUAUUUCCGUGACACUUUUUACGUGAGUGAUGCAAUAUUGUAUCAUUUUCGUCUUCUCGAGAGAAUCGGGCCAUUCUGUCAGUAUCAAUGAUUUCAGAAGUCUACAAAGUCUCUAUUGCUUCAUUAUUAUUGGUAUCAAGUUUACAUCCACAAAUCAGGAAGGCGAAACUGCUUCUUAGACUGUGUUGUUGAGUUACAAGGCAAGCGGUGGCCAAUACGACAGAAUUGUCAGCUCCGCUCGUGCCACAGCCGAUUACUAUAAUUAAGUAACUGUUUUAGUGAUUCAUUUAGCGUCUAUUGGAAUAUUUUGCCCAAGUGGAUUCGAGGUAACUAUCUGUGUUGCCAAUAAAAAAUCAGUAAGAAUUGCAUUUAUUGCAGAUGGCGGCAUAUCUGAGCAUUUCUUUAAGGAAAACCUACUGUUGACAUAUGCUUGUUAUUCUAAGUGCUUCUAGAUGUUGUAAGUUCGUUUAACAGGCGUGCACUUACGUGGCCAAUGUUUACUACGUUCGUCUCGAUUCAACAAAGAGGCGGAACUAGUUUCGACAGCAGACAGAAUUUUCAGGUGGUGAGAUUUCCAUGGCUGCGUUAAAUUGUCCUCAUUUCUGCAUUGUUUGAGAAACUAUAUUUUUAUGUUCGAUGUUACAAAGUGUAGCUAGAUAUGCCAACCACAUGUCACAAAAAUUGUGAAGCUGCAGUAGGACUAAGAGUGAUGUAUCCAUGGUCCCUAUACUGCAUUUGCUUUGUUUACAUGUAUUUUUUCUUGGUUUUGAAUAAUUGUGUGUUUAGUUAAAAGGUGUAUGACAAUUUAUGACUUAUUUCUAUUGUUAAAACUGAUAUUAAAUGAGUAUCAUCUUGCAGA